CGAAGUCCGGCCUCUUCUGUCAACCGCUGUCUGUGGUGUGUGUGGUACCAAAGAAGAAGAAGAAGGAGAAAACUACAGACUCAGGAGGAGCGAGGAAGAUAACACCACGACACUAUCGAUGUUCCGGUAGAAAGUUCACUCGGGACUCUGGUGUGCUCUUCCUGUUCUUGUCGCUGCCAUCGCAGACACGCAACGUGAACGGUCGGAGUGGACUUCGGGAAUAAACUUUCCGAAACUUUGGGAAUCUGACCUGUAAAGUUUGUCAAGAUGAAAAGCGUAUGUGUCGUCUUCCUACAUGUGAAAGCGCGAUGUUAGGUUGUGGACGUAGUAUUCUACUUGUAAACAAGCUCAUCAAGUGGAAGUGACGGAUCAUGUCGGCAUCCACAGCAGCUGGCAGACUCAGCCGCUCCCCCACCUCCCCCUGCUCCUCCUUCACCAACAACAACAACAACAACACCACCACCACCGCGGGCCGAUCGCAGCCAGUCCGCGCCACGGUGCAGUACCAGCUUCUGCGGGGAAGCCAGCUCAGCCCAACCCGCUCUGCUUCCUCCUCCUCCUCCUCCUCCUCAGUAGCCGGGAGCAACACAGGACCGACGACGUCCCGUUGCUCCAGUCCCGCCAACCCGAGUGGAAGCGGCUCGGACGGCAGGCUGGUCCGCAGGCAGAGACUGUCACCGCCGGACGGCAGAGGUUCACCCGAACGCCCCCACGACCCGCCGCUUUCUAAAGCUGAAAGGACAAAGGCACAGCAGGCGUGCAGUUUGGGGGCCAUUGGGCGGACAUCCUCCUUGGGUACUAUCACUGGGCCCUACCUCACUGGACAGUGGCCUUGUGAUCCUCACGUGCUCUACUCAUCUUGUAUGAAAGAUAAAUCCACACAGACUCCUGGAUGUUGGUGUGACGAAUCAGGAGAGAAGAGGAGCACCCACCAGCGUUCUGCGUCCUGGGGCAGCGCCGACCAGCUCAAAGAGAUUGCAAAGCAUCGGCAGCAGCUCCAGCGCGGUAAACAAGGAGGACGCCACAGUAAAGACAAAGACCGGCUGUCCCCUCUCCAGUACAACACCAUCACCCUCACCAGCUCUACCAACCACAACUCCAGAGCGAACAGCCACGUUCAGCAGUUUUCCAUGUCGAAGUCGGCCCAGAUGGCGCUGUCCAACAUCACAGUGCCAAAGCCUUCCAUCUCGAGGGUGCCCAGCAGCAUGGAGGGCAUCAACCAUGAGCUGGAGAAGGUCUUCAUCAAAGACAACGGAGAGAAGGAGGAGCUAAAGUCCCUGGAGGUUCCUGACGGGCGGCGAGCACCCUUCCCUCCUCAGCAGCGCAGCAGCAGCACCCGUAGCGUGGACACCCAGACUCCCUCAGCCCCCGGCCGGUCCAGCAGCUGCUCCAGCCUGUCGCCCUGCCCCUCGCCAGCUUGCCCACCAGGAUCACAUGAUGGCAGCCCCUACUCCACAGAGGAUCUACUGUACGACCGGGACAAAGACAGUGGAAGCAGCUCACCACUGCCCAAGUUCGCCUCCUCACCCAAACCCAACAACAGCUACAUGUUCAAGCGAGAGCCGCCGGAGGGCUGUGAGAAGAUCAAAGCUUUUGAGGAGAUGAGCUCGAGGCAGUCCGCAUCGGCGUCAGUCCCCCUCUUCUCCUGUCCCGACAAAAACAAGGUCAACUUCAUCUCGACAGGUUCGGCAUUCUGCCCCGUCAAACUCCCCGGCUCCCUGCACCUCACCCCGGCCUCAGAGCCGGAAGAGGAUGAAGACGAUGUGGCGGCGGGCCCCGGCUCAGUGCCCCAGGGGGCCACAUCAUUCUACGGUGGCCCUUCUCAGGUCUCCACGAGCACCAGCACAGAAGACCCUCCAGAGGAGCCCGGCUCACCUUCAGAGACUGCAGACCCCCUGACAGACAGCCCAGCCAUUAGCUAGACCUGAGCAGAGCUGGCCUCUGGCUAUAGGAUCCACGCUAGCAGCCACCAACCAACACCACUAACUGUCCCACCAACACCUCCCUCUGCUCUGCCAGGGGAGUCUGCGACUCUCUGUGCUGACCCCCUCCAUACUCUUCUGUCUCUGCAUGACGUAGCACCAAUGUCCCAAUUAACCACCACCACCACAAGACUCGCCACCUCAAUGUUCUGUCCUGCACAAUGUCUGAGCUGUUGUUGGUAGAGAAGGACUUGAUGGUUAAAGUUUUUUAUAUGCAGGCAUCAGAGGGAGGAAUGGAGCACUCUGGAUGGGGGGGUGGGGGCAUGCAUUAUAAAAUGGUAGUCUGGUUAAAUUAUGUGUUGUUUUCUGUUUCAACAAUCACAGUAUAAAUAAGCUCUAAUAUAUAUAUACACACAUAUAUAUAUCAGGGUUUUCCCUAGGCAUCUUAGGUGCUGGUUUUUAUUAUUGAUAUUUAUAAGUCAUAAGUCAGCUGACCAAGCUACUGUAGCGAGAGUCCUUCUUCUCAAUUCAUUUGUCUUGGAGCUCAUCUUUCUUCAUUUCUGCAGUAAAGACGUUAAGAGACUGACAUUCUUACAUUGGAGCUGAACGCCAUCUUUUCUCUCUAGAGUAGUAAAGAACUCUCAGGAAAUUAUUUUCCUUCGGUUUAGAUGCUUCACAAAAAGUCCCAUAACCGUAGGGAAAACCCUGUAUAUGUAUAUACACAUACAUAUUCACAGGUCAGCCACAAUAUUAAUACCACUUACCACAUUUACUGUUGAGACUGAUCAAUGUGUGUAUAUAUACAUACAUAAAUGUAUAUAUGCAUAUAUUUUAUGUGUGUGUGUGUUUGUAUAUAUAUAUAUAUAUAUAUAUAUAUAUAUUUUCUGUAUUAUAACUAAAGACAUAUGCUUGUUUAAAAGAAAAAUCCAAAACUGUAUCGCUGUGUUAUGUACUGAGCAGGAGAAACGGCUGUAUAAUGGAUUGGAUUAUGUUUACACUAUCCAGGUCACAUGAUUGAACCCUGUUUAAAAAAUGCAAACAGCAAAUAAUUUGGGCAAAGACUAAAGAAAAUACAAAAUGGCCACAAAUUGGUUGCACAGUGUCUGCAUCUGGCCUUGCAUCUGGCCUUGCUUCAGGUAUUUCACAAUCAGAGUAUAUACUCAGGUAAUAUGGAAUAUGUGUCCAUACAAAUAUCUGCAGCUUGACAAAGCAGAGCAGAUUCACUGUCAUUUAUUCCUGGUUUCUCUCAUUCCCAGACGAAUCGUUCCUCUCUGUUCCAGAGUCCAGUCUGAGACUAGACCCGUGACAGGAGCUGCAGAGGGUUAAGGCUUAAGUUAGUGGGCUUCCUUUUGGACGGGUGGUGGAACACUGUUUGGACCACACACACUGUGACUGAUGACAUGUGUGGCCGUGUGUGCACUGAUGGAAGCAUGCUGGACAGAGACUUGGAAAGACAUGCAGUGAAAGUCUGUUAUUUAAGUCUGAUGACAAUGUAGGACUGGCUCUCUUGAGCCUGUUGGCGAGAAGUCUGCAGUACCAUCACAUGAAAAUACACUCAAACAGAAGCAUAUGUGCAGAUUGGAGAUGGAGUUAUACAAACUUUCUCUGAGGUAGACAUGACCUGAUUUGUUAUAUUGGACCUUACUAAGGAGGUGUAUUGUACAAAUGAGCCUGACUUCAUCAAGACCACACCUCACCUAAUUUCUGAGGUUCAUAUCCAUAUAUUUAAAAAAAGAUAAUAUUAUAUAUUACCAAUAUUUGGUAAUUUGAUGAUCCUCCUAAGUUGGAAGAAUUGCAAUCAAGAUAUAGAGCACAAUGUUCCCCAUUUUCCAGCAUUUCUUCCAGUAUAACACACUGAUGAUAAGGAAAGCAACAGUAGUUCUAGAAUAAUGAAUGAGGAAAUGUGUGACUGCACGAGGCACCAUUCAGGCAGGGUACCGUCAAGACGUUCAAAUUUCAGUAUCAAUACCAUUGUCAAACAAACCAAUUGUGAAAAACCAAGCUUUAAAUACACACAAGCAACUUCAAUAGAAAAACUCAUCCUGACUGGCAAAUUGCUUUAAGCUUGCACUUAUGAAUAUUCUUUCCAAUAGGCCAAUAUUUGUGUAAACUGUAGAAAGGAUCCUUUUUUUGUGCCGCAGUCACAGAGAACUGUCACCAAUCUGCAGUUCCCCUCAGCUCCAUGGAGUUAUUUUCUUUUUAAAAACUUCACUCUUAACCAGCCAACAUAUGUUUUUAAAGAAAACAACUCUUAAAAAUCCACUCAGCACAAAAUGACAACGACAGACCAUGACGCAGCUAAAAAGACAGGGGGGUUAAUGGAAACCAAUACAGGGCUUUUAAGAGACUGAAUAUUUCCUUCACUUGUAUUUGCUGGAUGUGUCAACGGGUACAUGUCACUUAUUAGCUGUGUCUCAAUUCAGGGGCUGCAUCCUUCGGAAGAUGUGGUCCACCCAGCCCACAGAGACCGCCUUCUUUAUUUGCAGUGUAGACCAGGCAGAACCAAAAUGAGACGGUCUGGUCUACAGAAGCUUCCCGUCAUUGCCGUCACCAGCUUGUCCUAUCCUUAUUGCUGUUGCCUAGCAACAGAGCUGAAGUUGGACACGAUAACGUUUUAAUGCCCCUUUUUUAACGUGUACCGUUAGCUGUUCGGUUUAGUUGAAGCUUGAUACUCAAGCAUUGGACGUCUUUUCACGCCGUUACCUCUUUGAAGAACGUUUUGUCACUGAAGCGAUGGGAGGGAUUCACCCAUUGUAGCCAUAAUUUUUCCGGGAUGGAAGGUAGUGUUUGUGGGCUGCAUUUGAAGGAGCCUUAAAAUGUCUAGUCUAGUUGCGGUGACACAAUCAGUCUUCAAAUGCAGCCUGCAGAGUAUGCGGCCCCUAAACUGAGACACAGCUGUAUUUUUUGCUGCCCCCAAAUGACAAAAACCCCAUUAAUGCAGCUUUAAAUUGACAAGCAACAAUUAAACACGUUAAAUUACUCCCCUUUGCACUAUAGAUGUUUUAAUAAUGAUUCAGUAAGUAAAGUAAUCAGGUUUGAUACCCAGCCCUGGGCAACAGUAGAUGUGGAAACACUGCUUGGUUCAAUCUUAAAAAUUCCGGGUGCGGCCACAUCAGAUGAAUGUUUGUACAACUUUUAUCUCCAUUCAGUUGAUAUCCAAACUCAGACUGUACUAACCAUCCACACACUUGUUAUUCUAUUAAAUGCAUUCCAUGCGAUUUUAGUAUCCAAGACAUGAAUAGACUCAUGAUGAUUCAUUCCUAAAAUAUCUCUCAGCCUUUUGUUGUGAUUGCUGUAAGAGACUAGCUGCAGUACUAAGCGAUGUUUUGGCUGCAGAGUCAGUAGCACCUUCAUGUGUGUGAUGCACAGAUAAAAGCCUGUCUCUGUUAUUACUGAGUGUUGUAGGCCUCCUCACGCUGCCUCCAGGCAGCUGAACCUUCUGAACAUCCCAUGUACUCUGUGCUAAACACCGUCUUUUAGGCUGUUAAGUGAGCAUCGCCAAGUGUAAAUGAUCCACCACUUUGAUUUGCAAGAGUGAAACGUAAUCCACAUUUAUUUUGAUAUCUGGUGUGCUUGUGGAAUCCCUGCAUUAAUGUUCCCUUCAUAUUUUGCAUAUAUGUGGCUUUUAAAGAGGCUCAAUGCAGUGUUGUGGUUUCUAAAGACUUUUCAGCACCUUACCAAGAGCUAUAGCUUUCCCAAUGUCCCACAUAUACACGACAUUGGUAAACUAGAUGUGUGCAAUAAUAGAUAAAAAAAGGUGAUGUUCUCUGGGAUGUUGUCCAUUCUUUGACUCGAGCGUCUCAUCUUGCAUUCCUUUGGUUUUGAGCACGGGGGCUGGAUCAGCAAGUAGUUCUUUGCUAAAGCCAUCAACCAAUACAAAACCAGCACUGAGAGUGACCAGAGCACAUCACUGGCAGGUUGUGCAUUUACUUACUACAUGAUACUCCUUGUGUAAUCUGCAUUGUCAAAGUUCAUGCACAAUGGCAAUAAAGAAAUAUUGGUUGUUUUGUCCA